GACACAGAACAGACCGGAGCGAUUGAGCGAUCCGGGCAGCGGCAGCGAUGGAGGGUCCCGCGGUUCGGCUGCUGCGCGGCAGUGGGCUGCUAAGAAGAAACUUCCCAACCGGCCUGUUUUCAUGCAGAAUUCCUCCUCAUGUCCUAAAAUCUACCCAGUCAGAAGCUGCACUGAAUAUGACAAAUAAUAGAUCGCCCUUGGCCCCACUGCAAACAUUUACAGAUGACGAAAUGAUGAUAAAGAGCUCAGUUAAAAAAUUUGCACAGGAGCAAAUUGCUCCUUUGGUUUCAACCAUGGAUGAAAAUUCAAAAUUGGAGAAAUCAGUAAUACAAGGAUUAUUUCAACAAGGGUUGAUGGGCAUUGAAGUUGACACAAAAUAUGGAGGAACAGGAGCUUCAUUCUUCUCCUCUAUCCUAGUGAUAGAGGAAUUAGCCAAAGUUGAUGCAUCUGUGGCUCUCUUUUGUGACAUCCAGAACACGAUAAUUAACUCGCUGAUUAGAGAACUUGGAACAGAAGAACAAAAGGCCACCUAUUUGCCCAACCUGGUUACAGAAAAAGUAGGAAGUUUCUGCCUUUCAGAGGCUGGAGCAGGUAGUGACUCAUUUGCUUUGAAGACUAGAGCUGAUAAAAAGGGAAAUUAUUAUGUCAUCAACGGGUCAAAGAUGUGGAUUAGCAGUGCCCAGCAAGCCGGGCUCUUCCUUGUGAUGGCGAACAUAGACCCCAACCGUGGACAUAAAGGAAUUACCUGUUUCCUAGUAGAUCGUGACACUGAAGGCCUUCAUGUAGGGCAGUCAGAAAACAAAUUGGGGAUCAGAGCUUCUUCCACCUGCUCAUUAACAUUUGAAAAUGUCAAGGUUCCAGAAGCCAAUAUCUUGGGACACCUUGGACAUGGUUAUAAGUAUGCCAUCGGGAGUCUUAAUAAAGGAAGAGUAGGAAUUGCUGCACAGAUGCUGGGACUGGCCCAAGGAUGUUUUGACUACACUAUGUCAUAUAUUAAAGAAAGAAUGCAGUUUGGCAAAAGAGUAUUUGAUUUUCAGGGUCUCCAACACCAAGUGGCUCAUGUGGCCACCCAGCUGGAAGCUACAAGAUUACUAACAUACAAUGCUGCUAGGCUUGUAGAAGCUGGAAGGCCAUUCAUAAAAGAAGCAUCUAUGGCCAAAUACUAUGCAUCAGAGAUUGCAGGGCUGACAACUAGUAAAUGUAUUGAGUGGAUGGGAGGAGUAGGCUACACCAAAGAUUACCCUGUGGAGAAAUACUUCCGAGAUGCAAAGAUUGGUCCAAUAUAUGAAGGUACUUCCAAUAUCCAGCUGAACACCAUUGCAAAGCACAUCGAUGGGGAAUACUGACAUCCAUAGGAAGGGGACCCCUCUCUGGUGUCACUGGUAUAAAAUUUUCAACCACUGUGCCUCGUUGGGAGAGUAAACCUCCAUAGUGUUGAAGUUUUGUUUUCUUUUUUUUGAUGGCUGACUGGUACAGGGGUCCUAACCCUUGGUGUUAUAACACCACACCCUAACCAACUGAGCUAACCUGCCAGCCUAAAGUAUUUUAUUUAAGCCCUUAUUCACAGACCUUGGGGAAAACCUUUUCUCUUUUAUCUUCUCAGUCUGCUUAACUCGAGCACAGGAGAUCGUUUUUUAAAUUUGGGAAGAAAUGCAACCAAAUUUUCUCCAAAACUGCUUUUAUAGCUCUAUACAUAUUUAUAUUGUCAUUCCAGUUUCAGAGUAUACAGAAGUUUCACUUCAUCAGCAUUUCUAUUACUUAUAGAAAUAGCUAUUUUAUAUUCCUAUUAAAUCUUUAUCCUGUGGCAUCAGUCAGAGAAACAUUUGUUAUAGUGGGCAAUUUUUAUUUAAUACUUUAUGGAUUCAAUUCUAAGUUGCUAAAUGAGGUAGAAACUAAUAAAAAUUUAUUUAGAAAAAUCUAAAAAUUCUAGUUCUAAAUAUCUGAGAAUGAGUGGAAAAUAGGGGUAUAACUUUGUAGGUCAUAUAAUUGAAGAAAACAUCAUUUUAUCAAAGUAAAGCAAUGCAAUUUGUUACUACAGUUGACCUGCAUAAAAAGUAAGUUUUGUGAUGGUUUCAGCAGGUUAUUUUAAAAACAGGUCUCUGGGGGCUGACCAGUUAGCUCAGUUGUUUAGAGAAUGGCCUCACAAUACCGAGGUCAAGGGUUCAGUUCCCUGUACCCAAAUGCUGCCAAAAAAAAAAAAAAAGCUAAAAAUAAGUCUCUGCAUUAGUUUACAAAUAUGAAAUAAUUUGGUAUCUGGUUUGUUCCCUGGUUUCAGCACAAAAUAAUAAUAAUUUGGUGUAGCAAUCAGAAGAUAUUCAAUAUUGUCAUAUUCAUUUUAUCAUGUACAAUUUGGAAUACUACAAUUUAUUUCUGUAUAUUAAUUGAAUACUGUUUCCUCAAACUUGGUUAUUGGGCUUUAUCCUGAAGAAUAAUUCUGAAAUUGGGUUUUGGUUCAGUGAUUCUCAAGAGAUAUCUUGCCCCAUAAAGUAAUGUCUCGAGAUCUCGUAAGGAGUAGGGGAUAGAAGUUGGCUACACAGUUUGAAAAAGCAUAUUCAACAUUAAAAUAAUUUUAUAUUUGGGAAGGCAAAAUCUAUUGUUUUGUGAUACAAAUCAUAGGCAGGCAGAACUCAACAAAAGAUACUGCUUCUUCAGUACUAAGGGUUCUCACUCAGGAGGAGAGACCCUUCUGGGGUACAGAUCCUGAGUCCCCUGAGGAGGGAGAUGGACAGUGGAGAAGUGAAAGUUUUAUAUUUCCUGGAAAAGGGGCAUGGAUUAGAGAUGAAAAGUGUUUUGAGUAUCAUGCAGUUUCUUAAAAUAAUCAUUACUAUUAAAUGGGAAGCAUUUUAGCACUUUAAUGAAAUAAUUAUGUUUGUUAGGAAAACCUGACAUUUUCAAAGUAAUUUUGCUUUGCACAUUUAUGUUUAUUGAGUUGGAUUAAUUUCUGCAAUACAAAUUAUAGUUAAAUAUUCAAAAUUCUGUAAAUAUAAUUGAGUUAGGAAUUACAUUAAAAUAUUAGGAAGAAAUAACAAAUUUAGGCCUUGAGUCCAAAGAGAUAAAAGUCUACUUGACUUUCAAAUAGGGAGAUGAUGAAAACCCACUCAAUUAUGUCUUUCAGAAUAAAAAGACAGUAAUCUGAUAAGAAAGGUAGGGGAUGGAUGAAAUGCCCUAAAGGGGGGCUUGGACAUCUUUAAUUUCUGUGAUUAUGUGAAAAAGGUGGCCUUUUCAGAUAAUGGAGUAGAAGCCCACAUUAGUAAAAAGAAUCCCAACUUCUUCCUGUAGCAUUAUAAAUACAUGAAAGUACAAUAAACCUCAUAUUCAAAUUAGCAGCAUCAGCGAGCCUCCCAGAUACAUCUGGACCUUGAAUUUUUAUUUAGUAUUAAUAAAGUUUUAAUUCUGUGUAUAUAUCUUGUGCACAUUCCCAAAGAACAAUUUAAAUUAAUUAUAUUAUAUAUUAUAGUUAAUAUAUGUGUCUACCUUCUAUUAGUGAAUCACUGUUAUUUUAUCAUUUUACCAAAGAGGAUGUUGUGAGUUUUCCCUGUAGUUCUUCCAUUAUAGCUUUUCUUCUGAUAAGGACAGUGUCUUUAAAACUAUCUUGAGUUUGUGUUUGGUGGAUCACAGUGUUCACCUCCUGAAGCCUGUUGUUAUUGCUUGUUAAUUUGAGGUUUGGUCUGUCUUGGGGCUCAGAUUUGUGUGGGUGGAGCUGGACUUAAGCCUGCUGUCAGGUUAGUAUUGUUAGUGAUUUCAUUUUAUAGCAUGAAAAUGGAUUAGUGUCAAACAUUUUUGAAUCAUGGAAAGUUAAACCUAGAAAGAUGAGAGAAGCAUCUACCCAACUAUCAUUUUAAAAGUGAAGGAUUCACUUUAGGACCCUAGGUUACUUGCCCAAGAUCAUCCAUCCACAGACAAAGACAGGAAUCCACAUGCAGCGGUUCCCAUUUCAGUGUUCUCAUUAUUAAACAUUUUCUCAUUUCAACAAAUUUUGGAUUUUAUCCUUGUCAUAUUUUGUUGAUUUAUUUUAGUUUAAGUGAUAAAAAAUUAACGUGUAAGAAGUAUUAUAAUUGAUAAGUGUCAUCACUUACAUGUGUUAAUCACUUGCCAAAGACACUGGCAUAUAGUGAGCUCUCCUAGGCUGUGUAGCUUGUAUGUGAAAUGUGAAGAUUAUUGUGUGUGAUCAUUUGGUUUCACUGAUAUGAUGUAUUUUAAUAAAUGCACUAGUUAUAUCCUU